ACUGGUGCUGACAUUUCCGAGGAGCUAAUUGUUUUUGGAAGCGAUUUGUGUGAUUUCUGCGAAAAAAUAUUAUAAAAGUUUGUGCCGCAGCAUGGAGAAUGCCGAAGAAAUUCAGUUAGUAUUAGAACGCUAUUCGCGUCUCAAGCCAAAGGAAAUUCCCGAGGCACUCGAGGAGUACAUGAGUUUCGUCGCCAAAACCGGAGAUACAGUAUUCAAAUGGCCCCUGGUGCAACACUUGUUCCGCGAAAAGCUCAUGAAUGUGAUAACGGAGUUCCACGAUAGCAGUCCCUCGAUUACGGAUUUGCCGCAUUACCCGAACGUUGAUCCCUUUAACUUUGACCUCAUGAAGAAAAAUCUCAUCGAACGCAUGGAAUCGUUUUGCGCGGCGCCCUUUACCAUCCAACGGAUAUGCGAGUUGCUGACAGAACCGAGAAAACAGUAUUCGCGCAUCGAUAAAUUCAUGCGGGCGAUCGAGAAAAACAUUUUGGUUGUUAGUACGACAGAACCUGGUAGACAGAGACACGAAAGCGAGAACGGCGAAUCACUCGAUUCCACGGUAAAUGGCGAUAUGAUGUCGUCCGAAGGUAAUUUGGAUGUCGGCAGCAGCGAAGAGGAGCAAAAUAUAACAGAUAAUCCCUUGCCCGCGACAGAAAAUGCUAAUGGGACAGAAACGACGACAACAACAGAGACUCCUGAAACGACAAUUGACCCAUUGACAGCCGACAUUGAGAUUCCGCUGGAAAAACUCGAGCCAGAAGUGAAUGUGCUCACGAUGGAGAACAGCGAUCCGAUUGAAACGACAAGCGAAAAAACUGAAAACGUUCCAGAGACUGAAGAAACUUCGACAGACGCGACAGAAACUGCCACAGAACAAACUGCCGAAGAGGAAAAACCCGAAGAAUCGGCAAAACGUGAGAUUGAGGGAGACGCCACAGAUAUUCCAAAUGACGAAAAUGCCAGUAAAAAAGCGAAAUUCGAGGAAGACUUUGAAACGCCAACCACAGAAGUUCCCGAACAGCUUCUCGAUACGAAUGCGCCGCCAGAAGAAAAUGCCGCAUCCGAGCCCGUUGAAAGUGUUUCCGAAAGUCCCGUAAUUGUUGCUGUCGAAACAACAGAACCCGUUGUCGCAGCUGAAACAACAGCAGAAGUAUUAGAACCUCAACCAACUUUAAUCCUCGAUGCUAUUGACGCAACAACGACGCCCCCUGACACAACAAAUGACGCAUCUCUGCAACCCUUGCCGCCAAUUGAGACGAUUCAAGCGCAAGAAACAAACAUGGAACCCGAACCUGUCACUCUUGCAGUCGAAGAAUCCGUUCCCGUUGCAGAGCCGGAAACUGUCGAAGACUCCGAGAUGAAAGUCGAAGAGACAACGCCUUUGGUAAAUGCCGAAAAUAAAAUGCAAACAGACGAAAUUGAGGAAACAGCUGCGAAUGCGAUGGACAUUGACGAAUGUAGUGCCGAUUUUACCAUGGAAUGAAGUGUUUCUGCGCGAAAAUCCAUCAACGUUAUUCCAUUUGUUUUACAUUUCUUUCUUGCAUCACUCACUUAUUAUAUUUUUUUCAUUCAACAAGGACGAUCCAGCUUAGUAAAGUGUCGAGCAACGUAGAUUAUUUGUGUAAAUGACGAUAAAAAAUUAAUAAAAAAAAAUUUUACUUAGA